AAUCCUGUCCAGAUUUGGAACUAUUGAUCGAACUUCAUGUCCCUAGAUUUAUGCAUCUUUUCCUGACUCGUAUCGGCCGUUUUCAUCGAUUACCACCACUGUCGUUUACCAAGAACGCAACACGCGCAGGAAUACGGAAAAUCAUGACUCUAGCUGACGAAAUAGCGGAACAGACGGCGCUUUUCAAUAAUCUUCGCCUGCAGAAUGCCGAUCCAGCAGAGGUAGAGGCAGCAAAACGGAAACUGGGAGAGCUGAAGAAGGCGCAGGGGGUGUUAAAUGCGAAGGAGAGAGAGAAGAAAGGCGACUUGGCUGAUGGUGAGAAGAAGAAAGAAAGGAUAUUAUUGAAGACGCCAAAGGGAACGAGAGACUACGGCCCGUCGGAAAUGUUUUGCCGUCUCCACAUUGAGCGUAUUGUCAAAGACGCAUUUGCACUUUUCGGUGGAAGCUGUCUCGACACGCCCGUCUUUGAACGGAAGGAUGUCCUGACAGGAAAAUAUGGCGAAGACUCCAAGUUAAUCUUCGAUCUCAUGGAUCAGGGCGGGGAGCAGCUUGCGCUGAGGUAUGACCAUACUGUACCUCUGGCGCGGUGGCUCGCGAUGACUGGUGGAGGUGGACAAGGGAAGGUGUGGCAGGUGGGCAAAGUUUACCGGAGAGACCAGCCGGUAAUGUCCAAGGGGAGGAUGAGGGAGUUCAUGCAAGCCGAUUUUGAUAUCUCGGGGACGUUCGAUCCAAUGAUUCCAGACGCCGAAAUAGUCAGCCUUCUGUGCACGAUUUUGAACAACCUGGAUAUAGGCGAAUACACGAUCAAGUUGAAUCACAGGAAAAUUCUUGACGGCAUAUUUACCGUAUGUGGUGUGCCAGAAAACAAAAUUCGGACGAUAUCCUCCGCUGUGGAUAAACUAGAUAAACUUCCUUGGGCCGAAGUGAAAAAGGAAAUGACAGAGGAGAAAGGUCUAGAUCCUGCUGUCGCCGAUAAAAUUGGAGAGUAUGUCAAGCACAAGGGUGGUCCGGAGCUGUUGGAUAUACUCACAUCAGACCCGACAUUGAUGGCGAACAAGAAUGCUAAGGAGGGCAUAGAGGAUAUGGCUCUUCUGUUUACUUUCCUCAAAGCAUAUAAAGUGCUUGAUAAGAUCUCCUUCGACCUCUCGCUUGCCCGUGGUUUAGACUACUACACAGGCCUCAUCUACGAAGCUAUCGUAGAAGCUUCAGCGCCUCCGGGGUUCAAAACCGAUGCUUCUGCCGACUCAACACCCGCCCCAAAACCCAAAUCGAAAUCAAAACCAAAAGACGCAGGAGAAGAUGAAGAAGUAGACGAAUCACAAGUGGGCGUGGGGUCCAUUGCAGCGGGAGGCCGAUAUGAUAAUCUUGUGGGCCAGUUUGCGUUGGCAGCAGCAUCCGAGAGUAAGAGCAGCAAAAAGAGCGCGGCGAGCACACCUUGUAUUGGUGUAAGUAUUGGGAUGGACCGGAUAUUCGCACUUUUGUGGCCAAAGUGGGUUGGCCUAGGUGAGAGGUGUAAGGAUACGAUGGUGUAUGUCAUGGCGGCGGGUGAUGGGUUGCUUGAAGAGAGGAUGGAGCUGGCAAGGGACCUUCGGGCGGAGGGAAUCAAGACGGACUUUUUGGCGAAGAAGAAGCCGAAGCUCCCUGCCCAGUUUGCUGCAGGAGAGAAAGAUGAGGUACCGUUUGCGGUUAUCUUGGGAGGCGAUGAGUUGAAGGCUGGCCUCGUCACUGUUAAAGAGCAGAAAUGGGAGUUCAAGGACGGGGUCAAGGUCAAGGUUGAGAGCGCAGACAAGGGAACAAAGGUAAAGCGGGACGAGCUGGUUGCAUGGUUGAAGAGCAGCGAUGUUUGGAAGACAUGGGUAUCAUAGCGCUGUAUUUGAAGCAGUAGAGCGUACGAUACAUAGAUUAGACGCUUGAGUAUUAAUGGCAGGUUCGAAUACUUGCGCAAUGGUCUUUUAAGCAACAAAUACAUUCAAGUCUACAGUAUUCCUCCCUAUAGCCCUGGCGAGUUCUCGAGCAGUUCUACCACUAGUACGUUAAAUACCCUGACCCGUCCUGGAGACGAUACAGGUCCUGCGUGAAUAAGAAAGAUCUAGUCAUCAUCGGACCCUGAUCCUGACCCUGAUCCAACAUCGUCGUCAUCUGCAGAGCCAUAAGCCACGUCAAGG